CAGCACUGGGACUUUUAACUACACAUGUCACGGCUGUGAUUAGGUUCAUCAAUCGGCCUACGGCCGAAUGGCGGCAGUGCUGAUAUUCAAUCAGUACAACAGCACUCCCUCUCGUGUGAUAUUGCUUAAAUCCAGAGACCUCUGCACAUGAUGGCAACGGUUGCUAACAACGGACCAGCAGCGAGUCAAACAGAGAGGUAACGACACAGUGAGCGACACACUGGAGUUCCAGCACGUCCGUCCUUAUGCAACUAUGCGGCGAGGACGAUCAGCCAGGAGCUCCCACUCAGAUAACAGCGAUAUGGAUAUCGAUGGCAUUGCGGAAACAGAGAUGGGUAAACUGCAGAGACAGUUCAGGAUCAUGGAUGGAGACCGGCAGGCCUACACUAUUCAAUCUCAGGAGCUCAUACGAAAACAACGGCAGGAGUUAGAGAAGCUGAAGAAGGAGCAGGAGGAGCUCCAGCGUAGCCUCGGGGUGUCUGAGAACGUGUCGCGCAGACAGCAAGACAGUGGGAAGCUCCGCUCCCUGCUGGAGCACAGGGACCUGCUGAAGGAGGAGCUGGAGCAGGAGAAUGAGAUUCAGAGAGAGCUACAGAGAGAGAUUUCCGGCUAUGAGAAGAAGCUUUCGGAGGUUCAGUCAGGCGUGCUCACCGCUGGUGACGCACAGAGAUCCCAGUUGCGGCAGGCCCAGAAAGCCAUACGCACUCUGGAGAACAAAUUGGACAGAGCCCUAGUUCACUUUAAUGAGCAGCUGACCAAAAACAGCCAUCUGAGAGAGGACCUGGAAACUCUACGUGUUGAGCGCGCCCGCUACCAUCAAAUCCACCAUAGGCUAACCCAGGAGCGGCAGGGUAUUCGCAAGGAGAUCGGGGAAAUGAUCCACCUGUCUACUAGUGCAUACGACGUCAGACUUGAGGCCCAAACCAAGAUGAGCAUGAUGAGAGAGAAGGCGGUGAAGGACCUGGCCCAGUACAACACUGAGAUGAAGGAACUGGAGAGAGUGAUCGCCCACGAGCAGCGCCUCAAGGAGUUCAUGACGGCCAAGUGCAGCGAGAGGAGUGCCCAGGACGAGGGCCAGGAGAUGGGCCGCAGGCAAUUCUCAGAGCUGAGGGAUCAGCGCAGGACGGACUCAGGGGAGCAGUCGGUGGACAUGCUGCAGAAAGUGUUUGAGAGGAUUCAGGCCGUAACCGGGGAAGAUAACCUGGACAUGCUGGUGACCAGGUUUGUCCAGGUUGAAGACCGCAACUUUGCGCUCUUUAAUUUUGUGAAUGAGCAAAACAAUGAAGCCGAGGCCCUCAGGGAACAAAUCCACCAGAUCCGGGGUGAAAUGGAGCAGUUCCAAGUGGAGGGUGUACAAAAGGAGCAGGAGCGCCACGCUUUGCUGAAAGAAGGGGAUCAACAGCAGAGAGAAACAGAGGGCAAGGCUGGAGAGUAUGAACAGCAAGCUAACGCUGUUAGCCAAAUCCUGGACCAGAUCAAAACAGGAGUGAACCGCAUCUUCUCCAAAAUGGACAGCGACCGUUCAGCCAUAGACGACUUGCUGGGCUCCACAGCGGGCAUCAAUGAAAACAACAUCAUGACCUACCUGGGUCUUGUCGAGCAGAAGACCAAUGAGCUGGUGGCCAUGCAGGCCUUCCUCCGCUCCAAGGAUACCGAUAAGGACUACAACCCUAAGGACCUGGCCACCUUCAUAUUGGGUCAGAAUCCAGACAUGCUCAGGCAGAGUAACGCCAUCCAAACGACAAUUACUGGAGAUGACCACGAGGCAGAGGAGUCCCACCUCACGGAUGAGGAAGAAAGGCCUCUUUCUCAGGGAGAGCUUCGCCAGAGAAUAAUGAAAGGGGUGAUGAGGAAGGAAGGCUCGCUGCAGCAGGGAGCACAGAGAGGCCAGAGGAGCGGAGCCAAACCCGAUAGUGGACCACUCUCCCUGGAGGCCCUCACCUUGUAAAACCUGGAACCCGGGAGUUCUCCUCAGGCAGCAGCCAGGUCUGCUGGUGAAUGAGACAUGGCUGACAAUCUGAAAUCCAUCAGGUUUACAUAGAAUCCUAAAUUAAAAAAUAUAUCUUAAUAAGGAACCUGAAUAACGAGGUCAUGAUAUUUGUGAAAGCUGUGUUUGUUAAAGCUCUAUUCGUGUUGAACCCUUACCCUCUGCUUCAACCUCAUUACUUUUUUUUGGAUUUGUCAUCAAAUGUAGGAAGGUUCAAAGCUAAUUGUAUUAGUAGCUACAAAGGACGCUUUCCAAAGCAGUCCUACAGCAACCCCCUUUUUUUUUUAUGUGUGAUUCGCCAUCUGCCUUCAACUUACCAAUUUGUGGAGCCUGUGAGUCGUUUUCAUGUUUCGUAACAUGACACUUGCUGCGAUGCUCAAGAGGAAAGAAUGGGGGCAGCAGAUCCUGUUGUAAUACUAAUCAGCAUGCCUUGACCGUGGCUGCUGCUACACAAAAUGAAGGUUACGGACUGUAAUCUCUUUACAGCGCCCAAUUAUUUAUAGGAGCAUAGCCGGUUGCAUAUUAACUCGUCGUGAUUCUUGUAUCCAGUUCUUUAGAUAUGGUUAUUGAUGAACGUAAUGUGGCUUAUUUAUCCUAAUUCUUAAAAUGAAUGAGUAAUCAUGCAUUGUAAUAUUUGUUAUUUAAUUUGAACAUGAUCGCUCAAUGUGAAUCAUACAUAUUUUAUGGAUACGUGGGAAAUCGAAAAAUAUAUCUUGAUGGGAAAGCCCCAUUCAAUGUUUAUUUUAGGUAAAUGAAUGAAUAAGUAAUGGCAAAUGGAGCGCGAAAAAUAGUUUCCCUUUAACCGUAUUGUACACCUCUGUAAGGAUGAUAUCCAUAGCAUAUCUAAAAACAAGUGUGCACUUAAACAACCUUUGAUCAUUCGAUUCAAAUGUCUCUUAUCAUUUCAUCUAAACAUUUGAACUGCUAGUGUAACCGUUUUGCAUCGUUGACCUUCCCCAACGCAACUACCACUUCCUCUUUACUAGAGAAAACAAUGAAGAUGGCAAAUCUGUUAUUUUAGGACGAGCAUGUAACCAACCCAUUCAGCCUCCUAAAACAAUAAACAAAGAGUAUGUGGUUCGAUUGGAA